GCAGACCCGCCCAGUCUUUCACUGCUGCUGCGUGCAGUAAAGUCGGAAACACAAGUUGAACCGCAUCUCUUAUGUACCGUUAAUCAAACACCGUUACUCUGCUACCGAGCCGAAAGAAGGUAGCCAGACGGGGGAGAAACAAGAAAAGAUGGCGAAAACGUACGACUAUCUGUUCAAAUUACUGCUUAUCGGAGACAGCGGUGUGGGAAAGACCUGUCUGCUGUUUCGAUUCAGCGAGGACGCCUUCAACACCACUUUUAUCUCCACCAUAGGAAUCGACUUCAAAAUCAGAACAAUUGAGCUGGAUGGGAAAAAGAUCAAGCUUCAAAUCUGGGAUACAGCGGGACAGGAGAGGUUCAGAACCAUCACCACUGCAUAUUACAGAGGAGCAAUGGGAAUUAUGCUGGUGUAUGAUAUCACAAAUGAGAAAUCAUUUGACAACAUCAAGAACUGGAUCAGGAACAUUGAGGAGCACGCGUCGUCAGAUGUGGAGCGAAUGAUAUUGGGUAACAAGUGUGACAUGAACGACAAGAGACAAGUUUCAAAAGAAAGAGGAGAGAAGCUAGCUAUUGAUUACGGAAUCAAGUUCUUGGAAACCAGUGCAAAAUCUAGCACAAAUGUUGAAGAGGCGUUUGUCACUCUUGCUAGAGACAUCAUGACGAGAUUAAACAGGAAAAUGAAUGAGAAUAACCCUUCAGGGGGAGGAGGAGGAGCAGUGAAAAUCACAGAGAGUCGAUCCAAGAAGCCAAGCUUCUUCCGCUGCGUUCUGCUCUAACCCAUCAACUCCCGCAGCCUCAGUGUGAAUGAUUUCAUUUCUCUAUGUGUGUGUGGUGUUUGUGUGAGCGUUUACAGUUCCACUGGACUUUCAGCUGUUAGCUGCUGCUGAGAGCUCUGGACUUCAGCCUGCCUCAUCCAUACAUACUGAAGGCUUGAAGACUGUGCUAGAUAAAGGACUGUUGAGCUGUUCCCAAAACAUUCCCUUUAAACCAAAAUAUUCAUAACCACCAGUUUAGUGUAGCCCGAUUUUAAUUUCUUUCAGUUAAUUACAUAUAGUCAGUUUAUAGUUCCAUUGAUUUCAAAGUGCUUUAUUCAGCUAGAAUUUAAUGAAGGAAAAUGCGUGAAGAGAUUAAAGAAAUCAAACUCCUGCUUUAAGGCAGGUUUUGGCAAUAAAGACCUAAAGUAGCGACUGAAGAACCUAAUGGGUUGACAGUUAAACGUUGGUCAAACUGAAGGACAUGCGAUAUAAAUAUAUAGUUUCUGUGGUUGUUAAACGUAUUUGUUUUGUUAUAUUUAAAGUCACUCCUUUUAUAUCUACUUAAAAGGAUAGUUCACCAGAAAUUGAAGGUUUACAUACCAUUUAAUCACUCCAAAGUGGUUACACACCUUUAUGAGUACUAUUUAUGAAUAUUCUGUAAACACAAGAGAAGAUAUUUUGAAGAAAGCUGAUAACAUUGAUUUCCACAGCAGGAGAAACAAAUCCAAUGGAAGUGAAUAGUUACAGGUUUCCAGCUUUCCAUCUUCUUUUGUGUUUAACAGAGGGAAGAAACUCAAACAGGUUUGGGACAUUUAAAUGAGCACAGAAUCUUCAGUUUUGAGUGAACUAUCUCUUUACUUUCAUUUUUAGUUACUGACCCAAAGCUGCAAUAAUUUGUGGAAAUCUAAAUUUCACAGGUUAUAAUCUUCCCCCUUUUAUGUUAUUACCUUUCAUUUUAAUGUAGACCAAAUCGGUUAUUGGUAUUAACAGUUAAAAAAAAAAAUCCUUUUCUUUGACUUUUGGUUGUUAUGUCAUAUACUGAGAGAGAAAAGAAUCAAGCUUGUUGAAGCAGCAGCCGGCUAGGCCCUGUAUAUUAGUAUAUACAGUAUUACAUUUACUAAUGGUAUUAUAUUUUUAUACUCUACCGACAUCUUUUACUUACCACUGCAUAAGCACCUAAAGCAUGUUAACCUGUGAGAUCGACUCAUUUGUUAAUACUUAUUUUUUUAACUCAUUUAAAUGUCGUCACAGUAUACUGUACAUUGUCUUUUUGUAAUACCCUCUUUUAUAAGACUCCUGUGAGUGUGAAGUCGUAUAGUGUUUACAAUACCACUGCAGCAUCUUUUGUUUUUGUUAUGCACUGAUGUCAUGCGUGUAAACCACUUCAUAAACCACUCAAAAAGUGGAAGAUUGUUCUAGCUUGAAUGAGAUUAUUAGGCCCAUAUGGAAUGAUUUUGGUAGGAGGAAAAAAAAACUUGCAAUUCUGCUGAAAGGAUUUCGAUUUUGUCAGAUUUGCCAACCAAAGCUAGAAGUUCUAGACUUUUUUUAUUGCCAGCUUUUUGCAUGGCAGAUAUUCCAGUUUUGUGUAAAUCUGCUUAUUGUUUUCUAUCUACAGAUUCCAUGUGGGCCUGUUAACUGUGUGUGUAGAAUUCAAACUGAAAUGCCGGGAUAUUUUAGAAGACUUAAUUUAAGUAAUUCAAUGAAUGAUUAAUUCUGCUAUUCUGUUCAAGGGUAUAUGAUUGCUUGAGUUCCAUUGGCAUUGUGCAUCUGAUUGAUCGAAUCCCUGCUCAGAGGUGUGCAAAUCCCACUUAAAUGGAUUGUUCACCAUAAAAUGUAAUUCUCUCAUCAUUUACUCACCAAACUGUUGUUCCAAAACCUGUAUGUCUGUGUUUUCAUUGUCCUUUUUUUGUCCAUUCUGUAGUCGUCAGUGGUACCAUAAACUGUUUGGUUAUCAGCAUUCUUCAAAAUAUCUUCUUUUGUGUUCUGCAGAAGAAGGAAAGUCAAACCGGUUUGAGUACAUGGAGGAAUAAAUGAUGACAGAAUAGAUUUUUUGGGUGAACCAUCCCUUUAAUGGCCUUGAAGUCAUGUUUGUUGAAUAUGCUUGCAGGCACAUUUGCAUAUUUUUCAAUGAAACAGUGACAGCACUCUCAUACUGAGCAUAAAGUCUUACUGACCAUUCGAUGCAAGCUUUUAUGUCUUAUUUUAUAAUGUCUUCCUUGAUUUUCUUGUCUGUUCGGUAAUAUGUCAAGAGUUAACUGAUUAUAUAAAAAAAUAAAAUAUCUUUUCUAAGUUA